GGUUCAUAUUUCAUACACAAAACAUGAGAUGCAAAUACGAUAUUGUCCUAAUUCUGAGCAUUUUCUCAUGUUUGUACUGCAAGCAAUCCUUUUUUUCUUCUUGUAUUGCACAAAGCCUAGAUUUUCCUGCACGACUCAAGCAAGGUCAGCAGCUAGUUGAUCGAAAUCAGGAUCGUCUUGUUUCGGAAAAUGGCGGUUUCUUCAAGCUAGGGUUCUUGAGUCCUGGAACUUCAAGUGCUUCCGGUGCUACCAGCAAUCGUUACCUGGGACUAUUUUACACAAAACUACCUAGUCAUCCGGAUGCAGUGUGGGUGGCUAACCCAAAAACUCUGAUCAGCGAUUCAUCGGGUGUUUUUACAUUGGAUAGUGAUGGGAAAUUGAAGAUUAUGUAUAGUGGAGGGCAGAUAUCUAUAUCAGAUACCAAUCAAACAGAUUCAGGUAAUGUGACUGCUACUUUACUAGGUACCGGAAAUCUUGUUUUACAAGAAAUCGCUUCGAAUGGAGCAUUUGGAAGCGUUUUAUGGGAAAGUUUUGAUCAUCCAACCAACACAUUAUUACCAGGAAUGAAAUUAGGAAUGAAUUUUAAGACAGGACAGAAAUGGACACUUUUUUCAUGGCUAAGUGAUCAAGUCCCUGCGGGCGCCUUCAGCCUCGGAGUGGAUCCUGGUGGCGCCAACCAAUUGAUCAUAUGGCGGCGAGGGGACGUGUACUGGAAAAGCGGCGUGUGGGUGAACGAUAGUUUUCAAGGAUCCCCUGAAUUGACAAAAAGGGUGGACUUGUUUGAGUUUACUUUUGUUUCAAACAAAGAGGAGAAGUAUUUUUCGUAUUCUGUAAAAAAUAGUUCUACAUUUUCGAGGUGGGAACUGAAUUUACAGGGACAAAUCCUGCAUUCGGUUCUAAACCCGAAUUGGACUAUUUGGGAGAGCACGGUGACCAGUCCAUGUGAAUUCAACGAAAAUUAUCCGGAUGCAAUGUGCAUAGAGGAGAAGAUUUCCAAAUGCAGGAAUGGUUCUGAGUUGUUUGUGCCGAUAAGAGGCUAUUUUAAUGAGACCAAAUUCCUAUACGCUGAUGACGAUACUAGCUUGGCUAUUAGCGAUUGUCACGCUGCCUGCUGGAGAAACUGCACCUGCGUCGGAUAUCAAAGUUUGUAUACCAACAAUGGGACUGGAUGUGUGUAUAUGAUAGAAGGGGCAAAAUUUGAAGAGAGUGAUUACUUUGGCUUUACUUAUAUUCUUACUAUAGGCAGGAAUAGUAGCAAAGAUGGAACACCUACUGAAGAAGGAAAAAAGAUCGGAUCAGCAGGAAGUGUAGCGAAAAAAUGGUGGAUAUGGUCUGUCAUAAGCAUUACACUUUCUGUGACAGUGCUACUUUUAGGUUACUUGCGCUACAUAAGGAAAAUCAAACGUAGAUUCAUGCAACACACCAGCCAAGAGCAAGGAUUAAAUGAGUUGAGAUCUCAAAUUACCAGAAUCGGCAAUGUACACAGGCUCAAACUAGGCAAAAGUAUAGGCCAGGAGUUUCAGAUGUUCAGUUUCUCUGGAAUAGUAGCUGCAACGAAUAAUUUCUCAUCUGCCAGCAAGCUCGGAGAGGGUGGUUUUGGACCAGUUUACAAGGGUGUGUUACCAGAUGGCCAACAGGUAGCAGUAAAGAGACUAGCAAGAAAUUCGGGACAGGGACUAGAAGAAUUCAGGAACGAGAUUACACUUAUAGCUGAACUUCAACACAGAAAUCUUGUUCGGAUUUUUGGUUGUUGCAUUCAAGGAGAAGAGAAGAUUUUGAUCUAUGAGUACCUAAGGAAUGCAAGCUUGGACGCCUUCCUUUUCGAUUCAACUAAAGGGAAGCAUUUAGAUUGGCAACAACGCGUGAACAUAAUCGAAGGGAUUGCGCAAGGACUUCUCUAUCUUCACAAGUAUUCUAGAGUUAGAAUCAUACACAGAGAUUUGAAAGCUAGCAACAUUUUACUUGACGGAAACAUGAAUCCUAAGAUAUCAGAUUUUGGAAUGGCCAGAAUUUUUGAACAGAAUGAAUCCACAUCAAAGACGAAGAGAGUUGUAGGAACAUACGGUUAUAUGUCUCCGGAGUAUGUCAUGAAAGGCAUUUUCUCUGACAAGUCCGGCGUUUACAGCUUCAGAGUUCUAUUGCUGGAGAUUGUGAGUGGCCAAAAGAACACUGUUUUCGUUUCAUCUACUUCUCUUAGCCUCGUUGAACUGGCUUGGGAUUUGUGGAAACAAGGUGACACUCAAGAGCUAAAGGAUGCGUCGUUAGACUUGUGCCCUGAAGACGAAGUUUUGAAGUUUAUUCAUUUGAGUCUGCUAUGUGUGCAAGAGUAUGCAGCUGAUAGACCUACCAUGGCAGAAGUCGUAUCCAUGCUCACAAGCGAUUCCAUGUUUUUCCCUGAUCCGAAGCAACCUGCAUACCACAUUUCGAGAAGUGAAGUUGCGUCAUCGAGGCCUGAUGGGAGGCGACCGGACAUGGGUUCAGCAGAUUACGUGCCCAUAACUGUGAUGGAAGCCAGGCCGAUGGCUGCACAGAGAAGCUUUCUGCUGCUGUUUUUCUCAUGUUUCUUCAUGCAUUAUCUUCUCCCUUGUUAUGCAGAAAUAGUGCUGUACACGCUCAAGCAAGGGGAGCAGCUACGGGACCAGGAAAACGAUCACCUCAUUUCUCAGCACGGUGACUUCAAGCUAGGGUUCUUCAGUCCCGGUGCUUCGAGUAACCUGGGUGCUACGAGCAAUCGGUUCUUGGGAAUAUGGUAUAGCAAACUACCAAAUCAUCCGGAUGCAGUGUGGGUGGGAAACCCUGAAACUCCGGUCGUGGAUUCGUCUGGAGUGUUUGUGUUGGAUAGUGAUGGGAAAAUGAAGAUCAAACAUGGUGGAGGGGAGAUUAUUGUAUGGGAUUACAAUCAGACAGUUUCCGGUAAUGUGACUUGUUAUAUGAUGGAUACCGGAAACUUUAUGUUAAGAGAAGUAGCAUCGGAUGGAACACCCGGAAAGAUUUUAUGGGAAAGUUUUGAUUAUCCAUCAAACACAUUGUUACCUGGAAUGAAGUUAGGGUUGGACUUUAGGACAGGGCGUAAUCGAACAAUUUCUUCAUGGUUCAGCGAUCAAGUGCCUACAGCAGGUGCUUUCAGGCUUAGUGUGGAUCCCAAUCGCACCAACCGGUUAAUCAUCUGGCAGCGAGAUGUUGUAUACUGGACCAGUGGGAUCUGGGAAAGUGGAAGUUUUCAGAGGACCCCUGAACUCACAAGCAGGGCUGAUUUGUUCGAGUUCAAUUUUGUUUCAAAUGCAGAGGAGAAGUACUUCACUUAUGCUGUUAAAAACAGCUCAACUCUUUCGAGAUGGGAACUCAAUACUUGGGGCCAACUCCUGCAGUCGAUUUUAGGCUCAGACGGUACUACAUGGGAAACCACAGUUACAAGUCCAUGUACGUCCAACCCAGAUUAUCCAGAUGCAGUGUGCAUAAAGCAGACGACGUCUGAAUGCAGGAAUGGUUCUGAGCUAUUUCUACCGAUGAGAGGCUACUCAGGUGAUGCUAAGUUGACGUAUAAUGAUAGUAAUACUAACUUGGAUCUUAGCGAUUGUCACGCAACUUGCUGGAGUGAUUGCACCUGUGUCGGCUACAGACCUUUAAAUCCCAAUGGGUCUGGAUGUCUGUAUAUGAGAGAAGGAGCACAUUAUGUCAAGAACGAUUACUUUGAAGUUAAUUACGUCGUUACUAUAGCAAAUAAUAGCAGAGAUGGAACACCUACCGAAAAAGAAAGUACAAAGAGAAAAUGGUGGAUAUGGUGUAUCGUGGGCAUUGUACUUGCAGUGGCAGUGCUACUUUUGGGGUACUUCUGCUACACAAGGAAAAGAAAACUUCUACACGUGCAACAAACUGACAAGGCGGAAACAAUCCAAGAGCAAGGAUUACUUGACUUGGGAUCCCAAAUCAGCGGAUUGGGUGACAUUUUCAAACUCAAAUUCGGCAAAAGCCGAGGGCUGGAGUUUAAGAUGUUCAGUUUUCCUGAAUUAGUGACUGCGACAGAUGACUUCUCAUUUGCCCGAAGACUAGGAGAGGGUGGUUUUGGACCAGUUUACAAGGGUGUAUUACCAGACGGGCAACAGGUAGCAGUAAAGAGACUUGCAAGACAUUCAGGACAAGGAUUGGAAGAAUUCAUGAAUGAAAUAACACUUAUAGCUGAACUUCAACAUAGUAAUCUUGUUCGGCUUUUGGGUUGUUGCAUUCAAGGAGAAGAGAAAAUUCUGAUCUACGAAUACCUGACAAAUACAAGCUUGGAUGCCUUCCUCUUUGAUUCCACUAGAGUGUAUCUCUUAGAUUGGCAGAGGCGCAUCAACAUCAUUGAAGGGGUUGCACAAGGACUUCUUUAUCUUCAUAAGCACUCUCGAGUAAGAGUCAUACACAGAGAUCUGAAAGCUAGCAACAUUUUACUUGACGAAAGCAUGAAACCCAAGAUAUCAGACUUUGGAAUGGCCAGAAUCUUCGGACAGAAUGAGUCCAGAGCAAAUACGAAUAGAGUUGUAGGAACAUACGGCUAUAUGUCUCCGGAAUAUGCCAUGAAUGGCAUUUUCUCUGAAAAGUCUGAUGUAUACAGCUUUGGAGUUUUACUGCUGGAGAUCGUGAGUGGCAGAAAGAACACUGUUUUCGUUUCAUCUACUAAUCUCAGCCUUAUUGAACUUGCUUGGAGUUUAUGGAAACAAGGUGACUGUCUAGAGAUAAGGGACCCGUCAAUGGACUCGUGCCCAGAAGAUGAAGUUACAAAAUAUGUUCAUGUUGGUCUGCUAUGUGUACAAGAAUACGCAGCAGAUAGACCUACCAUGUCAGAAGUCCUAUCCAUGCUCACAAGUGAUAUCAUCUUUUUACCCGAUCCAAAACAACCCGCAUUCUGUGUCUCAAAUAGUGAAUCCGGAUCAUCACAAGCUGAAAGAAGGUUGGAUAUGGGUUCAUCAAAUGGUCUAUCUAUAACUGUCAUGGAACCUAGAUAAAGACACUAACUUGACGUUCCAUCCGAUAGUAUUCAUUAUUCAAAUAUGAAUUUUACAAAUGUAAUGCGACACAGGGAAAAUCCCGUCAUGUGUAGGAAGUUUUCGGAUUCAUUCUUGCCACAAAAGGCUGUUUCGUUACUUCUUAAUGAAUAUUUGUAAAUUCGUGAAACAUGAUGUGAGCUUUGGAGUAAAAUAAAGGGUACACAUUUCAUCGAAA